AAUAAACAAAGAACAGAGCAAACCUGCAUCUCAAUCUAUCUCAAAUUUGAUACUCCAAUUUCAUAUUGUUAGUCCCUAAUUCCCACUCUCUCUCUCUCUAAACAAUUCACAAACUUUGGAGUUUCUGUCGUUCCAAAGUAGAAACCCCAAUUAAUUUCAGUGUUAAAUCCAGCAGCUCUCAUUUCGAACAACGUUGAAUUAGGUCUUUUUGGGCCUGAAUGAACAGUUUUAGGCGCAAGUAGUAUAGAAGUUUGUGUAUCUAACAUAGAUUUUUACUAAAAGUUGCAUCUUUCUUGGGGAAAUGCCAAGCAUUGGUGUGAAAUUGUACAGUGUGUUCUUCAAAUUUAUGCUAAAGCAUAGGUUGCAGAGCCGGUUGCAAGCGCUGGAAAACGAUGCUGUCGGCGGCGGUGGUUCAUUUGGGGUGACGUCACGGCCGGACGAGGAAACUGCGGCAGCUCCUAAUCCUUCCUUCACUGACGGUGUCGCCACAAAGGAUAUACACAUCGAUGCCGUAACAUCUCUCUCUGUUCGGGUUUUCCUUCCUGAUACUUGCCUUCAUCUUCCUGAAACGCGGUCAAAAUCUCGGGUCGGGGUUUCGAGUUCUGGAUCAGAUGAGAAUCAAGCUCUAGUUCGUCGUUACAGCUACGGAUCGUCAAAUAAUGGUGUUGUCUCUAGCAGCAACGGAGGUGUGCUUGUGAAGCGUGCUCAGAAUGUCGAUAAUAGUUACAGAAGGAAUAGCUACGGAUGUAGUUUUGAUGACUCUAACCUGAAAUCCGAAAAUGGAACUUACAGAGGGUAUAAACCGGUGGGGAAUAACUUCCGCAGAUUACCGGUUAUGUUGCAGUUUCAUGGUGGGGGGUUUGUUAGUGGGAGCAAUGAUUCAGUGGCAAAUGACUUUUUCUGUAGGCGGAUUGCAAGAUUAUGUGACGUGAUUGUGUUGGCAGUGGGGUAUAGGUUAGCGCCCGAGAAUAAGUAUCCGGCUGCAUUUGAGGAUGGGUUGAAGGUGCUGCAUUGGCUUGCAAAGCAGGCAAAUUUGGCGGAAUGUAGCAAGUCACUAGGGGGUACGAGGGGAGGAGUUGAUUUGAGGAGGUCAGAGGCUAAUUUGCAUGUAGCAGACGCAUUUGGAGCAUCUAUGGUGGAGCCUUGGCUGGCUGCUCAUGGGGAUCCAUCCAGAUGUGUGCUUCUUGGGGUUAGUUGUGGAGGAAAUAUUGCUGACUAUGUGGCAAGGAAAGCUGUCGAGGCUGGUAAACUUUUGGACCCAGUGAAAGUGGUUGCCCAGGUUUUGAUGUAUCCUUUUUUCAUUGGAAGCAUACCAACACAUUCGGAGAUAAAAAUGGCAAACUCCUACUUCUAUGACAAGGCAAUGUGCCUACUUGCAUGGAAACUUUUCUUGUCCGCAGAGGAGUUCAGCCUAGACCAUCCUGCUGCUAACCCUCUAGUUCCUGGUAGAGAGGGACCUCCUCUGAAAAAAAUGCCUCCAACACUGACUGUGGUGGCCGAACAUGACUCGAUGAGAGAUCGGGCAAUUGCUUACUCAGAGGAGCUCCGGAAGGUAAAUGUAGAUGCUCCUGUUCUUGAGUACAAGGAUGCAGUUCAUGAAUUUGCAACCCUCGACAUGCUUCUUAAGACUCCUCAAGCCCAGGCCUGUGCCGAGGACAUUGCCAUAUGGGUCAAGAAAUAUAUCUCGCUCCGAGGUCAUGAGUUCUCCUAUUGACUUGGAUGUAUAUGAUCCUGGAACGGCUCUUUUAUGUCUUUGUUGAUAAUGGGAGGGGUGACUGGUCGCUAUGUUUGGUCAUGGAUUGUACCAUAUGUGUUGCAUAUGGCUCUUGAAGAUGAUAGGAUGCUCCUCGGUAUUCUCUUCUCUCAUGGGUUCUUUCGUCUUUCUUGUAAGAUAGCUACUUGCGUGAAAUCAGGAUGUAGGUGAACUGAGCUACUACUUAUAUCAACAAAAUUCCAGUCACGGUGGUUUCUGAUGGGGGAUGUGUCACUCUGUUACGACUUGCCAGAGAAUGUUGUCGUAUUUUUGGCGGACCAUACAUGUAGAAUUAGCAUACGUGAGGGUUUUAGAUAGCAUCUUGAAUGCAAUGUAAUUGGUGUAAACUUGUAAGAAUUCAAUGAGAGCAAACAGGAAAAACAAAAGGUUAUCCACGUCGUUACUAUGUUGACCGUCAGUCUCCCAGCUGUCUUCUUCAGGACUUCCUCAGUUUCUUGCUAUUGAUAUUCCUAUUUGUUAUUA